AUGCAAAUAUUCAUAGGAAAGAUCCCGAAUCAUGUGAGCGAGGAGCAGAUCAAAGAGUAUUUUGGACAGUUUGGCGAAGUUACGGAUGUAAGUCUGAAGGGGACAUAUGGCUUUCUUAACUUUGAUUCCGAGGGUAGCAUCACAAGAGUUCUGAACCAGAGGACCCAUUCGAUUGACGGGGCGCCCAUAUCUGUGGAAAGGGCCAAUGGGCGAAAGAGACCUCUUGACGGUGAGUACCAUGAUAGAUACAUGGACAUGGGAAGGGGGGGAUAUUCUCCGCACAGGGACUACAGGGGCUUCCGGAAUGCACCUUAUCCGCCUAUGAGGUAUGAAAGCAGGUCUCCAGGAAGGUAUGACCCAAGAUUUUCUGACAGAUAUGGAGGAAGAUCCCCAGAGUACCGUGGCGAUAGCUUCCGAAUGGGAGAUCCGCAAAGGAGCAGAGACUUCUGCGAGUAUUGUAAUGCAUGCCCGAUCCAUGGAAUGAGGGACAUGAUGGAUUCGAGAAAGAGGCACCAUAUGUCAAGGGAUCAUCCAAACAAUCAUCUGAAGGUCGUCUUCGAGAACAUUGCUCCCAACACAGCCAUUGAGGAUUUCAAGAACUUUGUACAAGACCAUGGGUUUGAGCCUUCCUAUGCAAGGCUUGGGUACAGCGGGAACCACGCUGUUUUUGAGUUUAAAAACAUUGAAGACAAGGACAAUGCCAUGAAGAAGCUUGAUGGAGCAGAGUUCAACGGGCACAUUCUUAAGACAAGGUCCUAUCUUUCUAAGGAUGAGUACAAGAGCAGAGAAAGGGAAAGCCACAUGAGAAGCGAGCUGCAGCCAACUGAUAACGGAGAAGCAGAGCCACAGGGCACAACCACUGAUAUUUAUGAAGGAAUUGAGGAUGCAAAAGCUGAAAACGAUUAA